AUGAUUUCGUCGAUUUUCUUGGCCAGUGUAAUCUUUUUUCGUGACAGUGUUGACGGCAACUUUAAAGAUAAAGAUGGUAAAUUGUUACUACAAGAGCUCAAAACAACUAAUGAUCUUACACAAAAUGGUAAAGACUGUACACUUUUCCACCUGCUGAGUUCUCUAUUUGUGCCAACAUCUCGUAAAGCGACCAAAGAUGAUAAAGGAAAGAACAAUGUAACAAAAUAUUCCAUUAAGGAUUCACAGAAGAGUUUUAUUAUUUUUAAUAAUUCAAUCAGUGAAUCUGAAAAUUAUUUAGAACAUUUAAAAAAUAAAAAAUUACCCAUACAGCCUUUUAUCAUUGUAAUUAGUACACCACUAAAACCAAACCAAAUUUUAGUGUACUUUGAUUCGAUAAAAUAUAAAGUUUUUAAUAUUACCCGUGCAAUUGAUAUGUAA